UUUCCCCCCUCCUACUUGAUUAUAAAGUUUAAUCCUAAUGUCACAUCCAUCAAUCCCAACUAGUAAAUGAAAUUGAAAAUGAAACCCAAACGUUAAAAAAAAUUUGCUUUUAAUUUUGGUAUAUCUUCCCCCAUCUGUGCACCCCAGCCUCUCCAAAUAUAAAAAGCCUUCUCCUUUCUUUUCCCUGAAUAUCAAUUUUCUUUAACCCAUACAUGGAAAGAAACCCAUGAAUCCCAACCCCUCUGUUUCAAGGAAAUUUUCCAAGAAUUCCUCCGCUUCUUCAAUCUGAAUCCCUUUCGAUCCUUCCCUUUUUGUUUUGCCUUAUUUGGGCCUUGUAUUGAGGAGGAAAAAAGGGUUUUGGAUUAUUUGGUGACAUAAGAAAGCAGAAUACUAGUACAUGUGCAAGUUCCUGAAUUCAGGUAACCAUCACCUCUCCCCUGUCUUUUCCUACGUUUUCUUGAUGUCUUCUUCUAUCUGGUUUUUAAGUCCAAAACAGAUUAAAUAGAACCUACGCCUGUUCUCUCUCUUCAACCCCCCUCUCCUUAAAUCAUCAAAAACCCAUUUCAGUCUAGCUCUUUCCGCUACCAUAUAGCAAAGGGAAGAAAACUGAGAUAUUCAAGGAGGCUGCAAGACAUAGGAAGAAAGAUUUCAGGGUACAUGAUUGAGAUGAAUUCCCUACUUUCCAUCUCCUUCGUGGUACGAUUCGCCGUUGAAUUUCCUUGGAGCAACGAAAUGUCGACCCGGUUCGCUUGAUACUAGCUAGGAGGUAGAACAACUUCGAUUAUCUUUAUUUUGUGCUUGUUCCGGGAAGGAAAAAGAAAAAUAGCCGAUGGAUCGUUAUCAUCAUCAUGCGCACCGGCUGCUCCUCGAUGUGGGGCCCACAGCGCCCCCGGCUGACGGAAUCAAGACGCAUGGCAUGUUCUCUAGCGAGGCGAAUUUCGAUACCAACAUGGUGAUCAUACUAGCAGCCUUGCUGUGCGCACUUAUAAUCGCGCUUGGACUCAACUCGAUCGUGCGCUGCGCGCUCAGGUGCAGCAGGAUGAGAUUCUCUUUCGAGUCGCCAAACGAGGUGGAAGCCCGACUGGCGGCGACAGGGUUGAAGAAGAGCGCGCUGCGUCAGAUUCCGGUGGCCGUAUAUGGGUCCGGGACUAAUAUACCAGCCACGGAUUGUCCGAUAUGUUUGGGGGAAUUUUUGGGUGGUGAAAAGGUUAGAGUCUUGCCCAAGUGUCACCAUGGGUUCCAUGUGAGGUGCAUUGACAUGUGGUUGGCGUCACACUCGUCUUGUCCCACGUGCCGGCAGUCAUUACUGCCGGCAUCUUCUCAUGCAACGGACGCGGAAGGCGGGCGGACCUCGCCUGGAAAUGUAGCAGGAGGGCACGGCGAUGCAACCGGAUCAAUCGAAGAGGUAGGUUAGAUCAAUUGGGUGAUUACUUUUUGUACCGGUACAUCUGCUUAGACUCUCAUACCUUGCGGAUUCCACAUUAAGCACUUGGUGUGGAACCCAGGAGUAGUCUGUUUGGUACCAAUGAAGCAUCGCUAUCUUUUAAGUAUCUUUUGUUUUAUAGUGUGACGAAGUUGCAAAAAUUUCCAAGGAAAGAAAGAAAUUGAGGGUGUAAUUUACCUUUUGAGUUCUUAUAGAGAUUUACAGUUUGGUUA